AUGCCCCGGGUCGCCUGGCUGCUGCCCGCCCUGCUGGUCGCUCUCCUGCCGGGCCCGAGCCGGGGCUACUUCCCGGAGGAGCGCUGGAGCCCCGAGUCCCCGCUCCUCGCUCCCCGGGUCGUCAUCGCGCUGCUGUGCCGCAACUCGGCGCACUCCCUGCCGCUGGUGCUCGGUGCCGUGGAGCGGCUCAACUACCCGAAGGACCGCAUCGCGCUGUGGGUGGCGACAGAUCACAACAUAGACAACACCACAGCCAUCCUGAGAGACUGGCUCAUCAAGGUGCAGAAUUACUAUCACUAUGUCGAGUGGAGACCUGAAGAUGAACCCAGUGCCUUUGAGGAUGAGCUGGGGCCUAAGCACUGGAAUAAUCUCCGUUAUGAACAUGUGAUGAAGCUCCGUCAGGCCGGGCUGGACAGCGCCCGCGAGAUCUGGGCCGACUACUUCCUGGUUGCUGACUGUGACAACCUGCUCACCAAUCAGGAUGUGUUGUGGAAACUGAUGAUGGAGAACAAGACCAUUGUGGCUCCCAUGUUGGAGUCCAGAGCUGCCUACUCCAACUUCUGGUGCGGCAUGACUUCCCAGGGUUACUACAAGCGUACCCCGGCCUACAUGCCGAUCCGUAAGCAGGAGCGUCGCGGCUGUUUCGAUGUGCCCAUGGUCCACUCUACCUUCCUGGUGGACCUCCGGAAAGAGGCCUCCCGUCAGCUGGCGUUUUACCCGCCGCACCCGGAGUACAGCUGGGCCCUGGAUGAUGUCAUCGUCUUUGCCUACUCAGCUCGCAUGGCGGAUGUGCAGAUGUAUGUGUGUAACAAAGAAACAUAUGGGUUCUUCCCGGUGCCGGUGCGCUCCCUUGCGACCCUGCAGGACGAGACGGAGAGCUUCUUGCACACGCAGCUCGAGGUCAUGGUGAAAAAUCCUCCACUGGAGCACUCCAGCUUCCUGUCUCUUCCUCCCAAGCAGCCUAACAAGAUGGGCUUUGAUGAGGUGUUCAUGAUAAAUCUGGUGCAGAGAUCUGACCGUCGUGAGCGCAUGCUAAGAACUCUGUACGAGCAGGAGCUCAGCUGUAAGGUUGUCGCUGCUGUGGAUGGCAAAGCUCUGAACUUGUCGGAGAUCGAGUCUAUGGGGAUUAAGAUGCUUCCAGGCUAUAAAGACCCUUAUCAUGGUCGACCUCUCACCAAGGGUGAACUGGGUUGUUUCCUGUCUCACUACAAGAUCUGGAAAGAGAUCGUGGACCGUGGCCUGCAGACUUCACUGGUCAUCGAGGACGACCUCCGCUUCGAGGUAUUCUUCAAACGUCGUCUCCAGACUCUCCUGGAGGAGGUGACAACGCACAAGCUGGACUGGGAUCUCAUUUACAUCGGACGCAAGCGCAUGCAGGUGGCCCAUUCGGAGAAGCCUGUACCCAACAUACACAAUCUGGUGGAGGCCGACUACUCCUACUGGACGCUCGGCUACCUGUUGUCACUACAAGGAGCUCAGAAGCUCCUCAUGGCCGAUCCUCUGACCAAGAUGCUCCCCGUCGAUGAGUUCCUCCCUGUCAUGUAUGACAAACAUCCAGUUUCAGAGUACAUGAAACCCUUUGAGAGUCGGGACCUGCACGCCUUUUCUGCCGAGCCUCUCCUGGUCUACCCGACCCACUACACUGGAGACCCUGGCUACAUCAGCGACACGGAAACCUCUGUGGUUUGGGACAACGAAACGGUCACAACUGACUGGGAUCGAGCCAGGUCGAGGAAAACUCAGGAGCAGGAGGAGCUGAGCUUCGAGGCCCAGAACUCUGACGUGCUGCAGUCAGAACUGGAGAACUGGAGCGCACGGGACGAGCUGUGA